AAGCGCGAUGGUCGCUGAUCACCAUCGGCUCGUGUUUCACUGCGAGACGUUUUUUCAGCAGUAGUUUUCGAGUAUUUUGCUUUUUUUUAGUGUUUUUCUUCAAUUUUUAAAGUCAGGGUCGACAAACAACACUGCCAAGAGGUGUGUCGAGAAACCGGAUAAGAACCCCCUCGUGGGGUAAAAAUAUUUCAUAUUCUCUCGGCGGGGCAUCGGCUGUGGCGUAGCUCCGUUAAUUUGGAAUGGCAAGCGGUGGUGGGGACGGACCAUCUUCCUCUCACUAUGGAAAUAGUGCUAGCGAACACAACAGCUUCGAACAAUUCAUUUCACAAUUUACGGCUCGAGCAUCGUUACAAGAAGCUUCCAACAUUAACACCUUGAAUAGCGAAAGCACAACGAACGUUAACUUUGUAUUAAAACCAACGGCAGCUGAGUUCUUUCCACGUUGGCAGCAUAGGCAGGAAGAGUCGGGCCGUGAAAAUUUAACCGGUGAAGUCAGUUUACGUAAUGAUGCAAGACCGGCUGGAGCGAUUCGCAAGCAAUACGAUGGCCGAAGGUGGAAUAACAGCCGGAAAAGUCGUCACGGUGACCAAAAUGGUUUUGGUAGAAACAGCAAGACUCAGAUGUCACCUGAUUGCGAGAUAGAUGAAAGAAGAUGUUUCGAAGGGCAUAAUGCGAACUCAUGGGAACCCCACAGAUCCCAGCCACAGCAGACACAAUACCCACGACAGUUUCAACAGAAUGGAAGAUGGAGAGGAAAUGCAGGAGGCGGCCGAUUCCGUAAUAACGAACGCGGUCAAAGAGGUGAGCAAGACCGUUUCAUACCUCAACAAUCCAACGGUUAUAAAGACUCCGAAAUGCGAUAUGAGCGUAAACAGAACGGAUAUCAAAGGAAUCGUGCUCGACAGGAGAAAUUAGAAGCGAAGAUUAUUUCCAAAUGUUCACAGAGAGAGAAGCUUAUCCGAGAGCUGGAUUCGUCUAAGUUGGAGUGUUUGGUCUGUUGUGACGUUGUUCGGCCAACACAGAGUAUUUGGUCUUGCCCCAAUUGUUAUCAUAUUCUUCAUCUAAACUGUACUACCAAAUGGGCUACUAGCUCUAAAUCGGAUGACGGUUGGCGCUGUCCAGCUUGUCAAAACAUGUCUAAGAAAAUACCUCGAGAAUAUUACUGCUUCUGUGGUAAGAUCAAAAAUCCACAAUACAAUCAUAGCGAUGUGGCUCAUUCAUGCGGAGAGGUGUGCGGUAAGGAAGAGCUUUGCGACCAUCCUUGCACUUUACUUUGUCACCCUGGACCUUGCCCUUCGUGUCAAGCGAUUGUGCAACGCCGUUGUGGUUGCGGACGAGCUACUAAGCCGAUGCAAUGCAGCCAAAAGGAUGAGUUCUAUUGCGAAGCAAUUUGCGGCAACAUGUUAAACUGUACCGUUCACACUUGCCAACGGAAAUGUCACAAAGAAGAAUGCGGAACCUGCGAGGAAAUGCUGGAACAUGAAUGCUUUUGUCGGAAAACAAAGAGAACCGUUCGGUGUACUAUUGAUAAUUUGGCCACUACUAGAUUUGGCUGUGAAUCAAGUUGCGACGCGCAGUUAAGUUGUAUGAAGCACAAUUGUACGAAACUCUGUCACCUAGGUCCAUGUGGAGAGUGUGCGCUGUCUCCUAAUCUGAUAACAUCGUGUCCAUGUGGUAAGCAGGCUAUUGUAAAAGGUGAAAGGGAAUCGUGCUUAGAUCCUAUUGUUGUAUGCAAGGGAGUGUGUGGAAAGCAGUUGAAAUGUGGAGCUCCCGGAUCUCACCAUAUGUGCACGGCACGGUGUCAUUUGGGCGAAUGUCCACCGUGCAACAAAUCGACCGUCGUAAAAUGCCGCUGUGGCCACAUGGAUCAGCAAAUUAAAUGCAAGCAAUUGCAGGGUGACAUAAGAUGCAAGAAACGUUGCACAAAAAUGCGAAACUGUGCGAAACACCGUUGCAAUCAGGAAUGCUGUAUAGAUUACGAUCAUAUCUGUCUGAAAACUUGUUCACAGAUGCUCAGCUGUGGUCGGCAUCGCUGUGACAAACAAUGUCACAAGGGCUCUUGCCAGACAUGUCAUCGAGUUUCCUUUGAUGAACUAACCUGCGAAUGUGGUUCAAGUGUUAUCUACCCACCAGUGCCUUGUGGAACCAAAAAACCGGUUUGUGAUAAGCCCUGUUCGAGACGGCAUCUCUGCUCUCAUCCGGUACUACACAAUUGCCACUCGGACUCGCAGUGUCCACCAUGUGUCGUUUUAACCACCCAGUAUUGCUAUGGAAAACAUGAACAACGUAAAACUAUUCCAUGCUACCAGGAAUCGUUCAGCUGCGGCUUGGCAUGCGCCAAACCACUCGCGUGCAAUCGCCACAAAUGUAUCAAACCAUGCCACGAAAAUCAGUGCCUCAAUGAAGGAGAAAUUUGCCGUCAGCAAUGUACCACCCCUAGAUCCAGCUGUCCGCAUCUUUGCAAAGCACCGUGUCAUGAUGGCGACUGUCCGAUAGACCUACCUUGUAAAGAGACUGUAGAAGUAACUUGUGAAUGUGGUAAUCGAAAACAGAAUCGAACAUGUCACGACUUUAGCAAAGAAUACCGCCGUAUCACUUCUGCCCAACUAGCUUCCUCGAUGCAGGAAAUGCAAAGAGGCGGAUCUGUAGAACUCAGUGACAUUUUGGGACCAGUAAAAAUGAAAAAUAACAAAACGUUGGAAUGCAAUGAUGAAUGUCGCACGUUGGAGCGUAAUCGGCGGCUUGCCAUCGGCUUGCAGAUCCGUAAUCCAGAUAUAUCAUCAAAACUACAGCCCAACUAUUCUGAUUUGCUAAAGGCGUUCGCCAAAAAGGAUCCUGCCACGGUUAAGAUGAUUCAUGAGAAGCUUACUGACCUUGUCAAGCUAGCUAAGGAGAGCAAGAAGUCUCGCAGUCACUCCUUUCCAAUAAUGAAUCGGGAAAAACGACAGGUGGUACAUGAAAUGUGCCGCAUGUUUGGUGUCGAAUCCGUUGCAUACGAUGCCGAACCAAAUCGAAACGUCGUUGCUACAGCGGAUCGGUUCUCGUCCUGGUUGCCUAGUAUGAGCUUGCUUGAAGUUGUUCAGCGCGAAAGUGGUCAGCGACGUGUAAUUGUUCCCAAUUUAAAUGCGUGGGGCAGAACGGCCAAAUAACGACUGAACUGUGCUACUACUUUUCUUGUUUAUCUUUCAAUUACUUCGAUCACUACUCUUCGUUUACUGUGUCAUUUUUUGUUUCAUUGUAGCAAAAAGAUUUUUUUUUGCAGGUAUCAACUAUUCUUCACGAUUUUAUUUCAUAUUCUUUCUUUACAUAAUUACCUCCAGGGAAAAACGUCAAUUGUAUACUUUAUUGUUCAAGGAUUUCAAACUCCAAAUUUAAUACGUCAAUAUACAGGUCAUUCCGAACUAACAACGAGAAGCGGAGCUUAUUUUUAAUUGAAGUAAUCCCUAUUCCAUGCUUUAAUUUAAAGUUUCAGGUUUCCGACGAAUGAAAAAAAUUUAAAUGCAAUUAAAGAAACGACAGAAAACAGUCGUAAG